AUGACAAAUUAUAUUGACCAAGCAACUGAACAAGACGACACGAUUACUGGUACUGCUGACGGUGACUACAUUAAAGGCUCCGCCGGUGAUGACACUAUUGAUGGUGGUGGCAACGGUAAUACUGGCUACUGGUGGAACGAUAUGGAUACGGUCCAUUAUGAUGAUCCGCUAUACGUCUUUAAUCGUUCUACUGGUGAAAAUGUUAAAGCCUUUAACAUUGUUGAUAAUGGUGAUGGUAGCGUCACUGUCGAACGUUUGGACUUGGCCAAUGAUGGCGCCGUUGUUUCCUCUGAUACCCUAACCAAUAUUGAACGUAUUACCUUUGGCCAAGAUAAAGACUACAUAGAGGUUUUUCUUGAUGCACGCACUAAUAUGUGGAUGUGGGAAGAUGACAGUGGUCCACGCAGAGCAGACAAAAUUGAAGGCGGAAUCCUCGAUGAUGACCUGCAAGGUAGUGAUUAUGGUAGCCGUAUAGAUGGUGGUGAUGGUAACGACGUCAUUCGUGGCGAUACUAGUACCGUAGCGCAAGCUAGCAUUAUUGUUGCUGGUGGUAAUCACGAUACCAUCACUAUGCCAACAGGAGGUGUUGCAACACAGCUUACUGUCAGCUUAGGGCAAGUUAUGUCUGCUCCCUUGGCCAAUGCCGACGGUGUAACGAUUAAAACUGCUGAUACGGUGGAUAGCUCGGUAGUAAAUGCUAUGGUUACCGCUGGCUCAUCUAACGGUGAUGCCAGCUUAGCUCAGAUUAAUUUAGCGGCUUUAACAGAUUUGGCGGGCUUUGUAGCCCAAGUUUCUACAUUGCGAGAAGCUGGUUAUGAAGUAACUUUGUGGAUUGAUCAACCAGUUGAUGUUGGUGCUGGCGAGCUUGCCGGUGCUCUAUGGUUGGAUGUUUUUGACCCAAAUGACUAUCGUGCCGGUGACCGUUUGGUUGGCGAAGCAGGCAAUGAUUAUCUUGACGGUGGCUUGGGUGGUAAUUCUGACGAACACACUUGGCGUAAUAACAACGAAGCGCGUUACAGCGGCCGUUAUGAAGACUUUUCACUACUCAAAAUCUCCGUCACUGACGGCUCCGAAACGACUUUUGUCAAUGGUACAACUAUCACUGAUUGGUGGGCAGAAGCUCAACCCGAUUCCACGGACACCCCUGCGACAUUUGCUGAUUUACUCACCUCUCUUGGGCUUGGUCGUGUGGCUGUGGAAAGUGGUGAGUUCAUUAUUGUUCAUGACACUACAGGAGCUGAAGGAAUUGAUGUACUUAAAAACAUACAGUUCUUAAGCUUUAGCGAUGAAGGUGUGAAUGUUGAGCUGGAACAAAAAGACAUUGAUUGGCGCGGGGACAGCCAACCAGCUGGUCAGUACAUAGAAGGUACCUUGUUUACUGACGUGAUUACCUCCGGAACUGGCUAUGAUGAGAUAAAUUCUGGUGCUGGCAAUGACCACAUUGAUGCUGGUGCCGGUGGUGACCGUAUAUCUAAAAUGGCCGGUAAUGACUUUGUAGAUGGUGGCGAUUCAGGGACUGCGGGUGACAGAUGGCAAGAUGCUGAUGUAGUACGCUUCUCUGGCAACCUGUCACGCUAUGAUUUAAAGGUUGUUGAUGAAACAGAAGUAAACACUUAUUUUACCACCAACUUUGCUGGUAAAGGCCUCACUUAUGAUGCUAAUAAUUCCUACUUUUUGAUAACCGAUUUAAGUCCAGUGCAAAACACUGGAUCUACUUUGGUGACGAAUGUCGACCGCCUAGGCUUCGAUGAUGAAGCUGUGUGGCUCAACACGUCCUAUAAUGUGUGGGGGCACAACGUUGCCGGCGAACUAGAUGCUGAAGAAAUCGGUAUUGAAGCUGGAAACCUCAUAUUAGAAAACCACCAGUGGUUUGGGCGUGAUAAUGUCAGCUAUCAAGGCAAACAGUCCCGCUAUGUUAUUGAAGAGAUAAAUGCCGGUGAUACGGUAGUAGAUUCUGAUGGCAGUGUACUGUUUGACCUUGCGGACCUUGCCAACGGCAACAUCACUAAAGCCGACGGCACGGUUCAACAGGGCACGGCAUUCGACGAUGUCAUUGUCACAGAAACAGCUGACACAACAACUCACAAUGUGCGCAAUUGGAUUGAUGCCAAAGAAGGCAAUGAUUUUAUCCUAUCCGGUGGUGGCGGUGAUGAAAUACGCCCAGGCAAAGGUAUCGACUUCAUUGAUGGUGGCGCUAGCGGUACCAGUGGAGAUUCGUGGCAGCGUCAAGAUCAAGUUAGGCUGGAUGUAGACUCAGGUACUUUGAAUAUCGAGAGUUUGGUGAGGCUGAUGUAA